AUGGCGUCUCCGGUGCAUGCGACCCAUCGACGCCGUAAACGCACCAAGACUUUCACUGGUUGUUGGACAUGCCGGUCGAGAAAGGUGAAAUGCGACGAGAACAAGCCUGGAUGUCAUCAGUGUAAUCUGAGGGGGCUGGAAUGUGGAGGUUAUGGUAUCCGUCUGCAAUGGCUUCCACCAGAAACUGCAUUCACUCCUGGUUCCACCUUAUCAAGCCCUGAACUAGCCAGGGAGGUGCCUACCACUUCAUUUUCAAGACGUCAGAUCGCAUUUCCCCCUUUCCAAAAAGUUUUGUCAUGGGGGCAAGUCGACGGCAUCCUCAGGCUGAUCGACUCUUUCAAGCAAGAGUCUGCAUCUUCUGGUUGCGAUGAUGUCGUCAUCAACAUCGAUGCCUUCGGAGUUUUCGGCACAGCUCCGUUGCAUGAUGCGUUCACGGUAACGCCUUUGCCAGAGGAGGGUUCUGAGUGCCUCGACUCCGAGACACAAUCACUUACAUGCCUCGAUUCGCCAGAGUCUCAGAGCUCUAGGGUACCCGUGGUUUUUCCAUCGCCGUCACAAUCCGAGACAGCGGCAGCAUGGGAGUUGUGCAACCUGCAUGAAAAUCAAAAAUCACGGCCAUUUAUCUACGAACCAAAGAGAGUUGAGAUAGGUGGCAGCGAUCUCACCCUUGCAGACCCAAGUCGUUCUGAGGCUGAGGAGUUGUCGGUUGUUGCAACAACUUCGCCGCCGGAUGAACACUACAUCAGACGCAGACGGCUUCCAGGGCUUUCGCAAACGCCAAAAUCUUUGCUCUCGGAACAAGAACGCUUUCUCAUGCAUCACUAUAUGUACAAAGUUGUUAACAUUUUCUGCGUCAUCGACAACAUGAAAAGCCCAUGGAAGACGAUCCACCUUCCCCGGGCCAUUCAAGGUGCCGGUGAGCUCAGUAUCAUAGGUACGACAUCAAGGAUUCGAAGCGCUCUGCGGAAUGCUCUCCUGUCCAUCAGUGCAUAUUACUUCUCCAACACCCAAGCACUAGAAUCGCAACAUGAUGAGUGGGUUGAGGCAGCUGCCCGGUACCGGUACAGAGCGAUCGGGUUGCUCAAGGAAGCCGUGGAGCUCGAUCUUCAUUCGCCGGGGAGACCAAAAUAUAAAGAGUCUCUAGCGACAAUGUUGUCGAUGACCACAAUCAACGUCAUGUCGGGUGACACAAGCACCUGUCGUCUACACCUAGAUGGCGCUCACCAACUGAUAAUUCAUAUGGGCCGGGGGAAGCCCAAGCUAUCGGCCAAGGCUCGUGCCUUGCAUCGCAUCUACUUCUAUCUCAGAGUCAUCUAUGAAAGCACAGCAGCAUCUCAGGGUUCUGCCUCACGCUUUUCGGCUCCCAAAAAAGAACAAUGUCUCGCCCCCCAGCCAGAAGGCGUGAUGCAGUCUCCUAUGAGGUGUCCUGAUGAAGACAGUUCAUCGGCCUCCACAGAACCAGUGCACGCUGCAAACGAGAUGGCUUCUUUCGAAUGCAUAUACGGCAUACCACAAAGUUUAUUAGUACUUCUUAAACGAGCCAUCGACCUUCUGGAUCGAAUUGAAGGCGUAAGAAACAAAAAUGAUACGCCAUCGGUUUCGACAGAAUUAGAAAGAGCUUGCGAUACGGUCGAAAGAGACAUCUUUGACUGGCCGCUUGAAGAAGAGCUUGCUCGCUACCGGGAUGCCAAUAUUGGUGUUAGCUUUGGCAUCAUUUACCACCAGACUCACGCGUUCCAUAACGCCCUCAUUAUUUACUUUUCGCAAAAUAUCAGGCUUCUCAGUCAUCGCUAUAUGCGACAAUAUGUCCAAGCAGUUCUACACGAUAUCGAGUCCAUCGAAGCCAUCAAGAGCGAAUCCGGAUUGCUGGCCGCGCCUCUCUUCUGGCCAUCUUUCAUGGCAGCAUCGGAGGCAUUUGACGAGAGUCUACAAGACCGCUUCAAGAUGUGGUACGAGAAAGUGGCAAUCUACGGCAUCAAAGCGGUGAGGACUGGGACGCAAGUACUAGACGAAGUUUGGAAAAGGGGUCCCUCAUCAGAAAGCCGUACCACUAGCCAGUGGCGAUCAAUCGUUGGACAAAAAGGAACUACGUUGAUGCUCACAUAA